AUGUCCUUCAAGGCUUUUAUCGCCGCCCUCGCUGGUGCUGCCUGUGUCUCCGCCCACGGCUACGUCGAACAGAUCACUAUCAAAAACAGAAGCUUCCCUGGCUAUAACCCUUCCAAUGCGCCCUGGACCCCUAACCAGAACAGCAUCGGCUGGGAGAACUGGGCCACCGAUACUGGCUUCGUCUCUGCGAAAAACCUGCAGAGCGCAGACAUCAUCUGCCACAUCAAGGGCAAGAAUGCGCCCAAACUAGCCAAGGUCAAGGCUGGCGGCACAGUCUCGCUGCGUUGGACUAGCUGGCCGAGCUCGCACCACGGACCCAUCAUCGACUACAUCGCCGACUGCCAUGGCAACUGCAAGACUGUCGACAAGGCCAAGCUCGAGUGGGCCAAGAUCGCCGAGAAGGGUCAACUUUCGCUCGGGAGCGGUGCCGGCAACCCAGGCAAGUGGGCAGACGACUUGCUCUUCGAGACGGGCAUGACCUGGAAUGUCAAGAUCCCCGCCAACCUUGCCCCCGGCCAGUAUGUGCUACGGCACGAGAUCAUCGCCCUGCACGAGGGCCACCUCCAAGGGGGCGCCCAGUUCUAUCCGCAGUGCAUCAGCAUCAAGGUCACCGGCUCGGGCAAGCAAGUCCCUCAGGGCGGCGUGGUGGGCACGAGUUUGUACAAGAUGAACGAUCCUGGGGUAUACCACAACAUCUACAACGAUGAGAACAAGCCCACAUACAAGAUCCCCGGGCCUGCGAAGUGGCAGUAUGCUUGA